UAUACGCAUGUGCAAGAAGACAAAACAAAGAGCGCAAGUGCACAAAGUAAUCUAUUUUGUGCAGAAUACGUACUGAGUGAAAUAAAUACCGAGGUGCAUAUAAGUUUCUGUAUGUAUGUAUUUUUAUACACACGUUUUUGUAAGACAACGUUUGUUGAUGUUUGUAGAUCGAUGUUAUACAUCGAUGUUCCAAGUUAAAUGCGAAUCAAAACAAGCGAUGCUGAAGAAGAUCACGAACCACCCGAUUUCGUUCAUAAUUCGCCAAUUCCGAACAUCUCGGAAUUCCGAAUCUUCUUGUUCUUUUCAUUUGUUUUCUUUUUGUUCGUUAGUGGAAACGGUUGUUUCGAUCUUCAGGAAGACCUCGCUGUUAAACUUCCGAAAUAAUACCUUUUAGAAACAAAAAAUGGUGUGAGUCCGGUUGCAAAGAGGAUUUCCCUUUUUCAACGUCUAUGCAGUAUCGGGAAUGUUAGAAUGUUUAGCUCAAAUUAUCUUUGGCGAUAACAAGUGUACUUCGUAUUUUACGAAUUCAAAAAUUGUGAUAGGAAAUGUCUUACAGUGAUGGCGGGCGUCCGAUACGUAAGUUCGGCACAAAGUCGCCGAAAAAACUUUGUGUGACAAAGAAUGAAAAUAACGAUAAAACCACAACUACUAUUAAUUGUAACAACCACCAUCACAAUCAUUAUCAUCAUAAUCAUCGCUUUCUCGAUCCUUCUCAGCCGUCAGUACAUAAGCGUAAUCUCUAUAUUGUUUCUUUUCCUUUGAUACUACUCUUCAACGUUCUGAGAACGCUUCUCUACCAGUUAUUUGUGGUAUUUAAGUAUUUAUAUACAUCUACGUCUCAGCUGAUUCAACGAAGACAAGCUUCCAAGCAGACCUGUCAGCUGGAAAUUGUAGUUGGCCAAAAGUCUACAGAGAAUUUAAAUAACAAUUUGAAUAAUAGUGGGCAAAUUGAUAACGACGGGAUGUCACAAUUGCCCAGAAGAUCUAUUGGUCCUGGUCCUGGAGAUCCAUUGCUUGCAAAACAAAAACAUCAUCAUCGUAGAGCUUUUGAAUUCAUUAGUAAAGCACUUAAAAUUGAUGAAGAUAACGAAGGUCAAAAAGAAAUGGCCAUUGAACUGUAUAAAAAAGGUAUUGGAGAACUAGAAAAAGGAAUAGCCAUAGAGUGUACCGGUGGUCGAGGAGAAGUAUGGGAACAUGCUCAAAGACUUCAUGAUAAAAUGCGCACUAAUUUAGCAAUGGCAAAGGAUAGACUUGAUUUUCUUGUGAGUGUGUGUGAGCUGAAAAAGCUGGAUAUCUCCAAUGAAUAUCGUGCUCCUGGAAGUAAAGUGGACAACGAACAUCCAGGAAAGAAUCUGAGGGUCCGGCGCAAUAUACACACAUUACAAACAACUCGAUCUCCUUUAAAUACAAAUCAUACAAAAAACACAAACAGUACACAAACAGUGAACGUAGGGCAGAAUUCAUGUACCCAAAUUCCCAAGUUAAGGCCACGUUCACCAAAAAACUAUUCUGGCCAUUCUGAAGCAUCUGGAAGAAAAUUAUCAGUACCUGGAAAAAGAGUAGGCACUGCAAUUAGCAAAAGCCAAACAUUACCACGAAGUAUGGGACGUUCAACACCAGUUCAGCCUUGUCACAGAGUCACACCUGUUAAACCAUCAUCCACACCUCCUUCAGUAAAAAGGCAAUUAUCUGUACCUGGAAAUGGUUCUCCUAUCAGAAGACCUGGAACGCCUACUACAUCAAACAGUAACAAAGGAACACCCACUAGAAAAGUUCCUCUCUUAAAGGGCGUAGAUCCAAAACUAGCCCAAGUUAUUCUUGACGAAAUUUUGGAAGGAGGAACAGCCGUGCAUUGGGAAGACAUUGCUGGUCAAGAAACGGCAAAACAAGCACUACAAGAAAUGGUGAUAUUACCUUCUUUAAGACCUGAAUUAUUCACCGGUCUACGGACACCUGCGAGAGGAUUAUUGUUAUUCGGCCCACCCGGAAAUGGGAAAACAUUACUUGCACGUGCUGUAGCUACCCAAUGCAAUGCUACAUUUUUUUCAAUAUCAGCUGCUAGUCUCACAUCAAAAUAUGUCGGAGAAGGAGAAAAAUUAGUGAGAGCUCUUUUCGCUAUAGCGCGAGAAUUACAGCCAUCUGUGAUUUUUAUUGAUGAAGUUGAUUCAUUAUUAAGUGAACGCAGGGAUAAUGAACACGAAGCUUCUAGGCGGUUGAAAACAGAGUUUUUAGUAGAAUUUGAUGGUCUGCCGUGUAAUCCGGAGGAAAGAGUACUUGUUAUGGCUGCUACAAAUAGACCUCAAGAAUUAGAUGAAGCGGCGUUAAGAAGAUUUACGAAACGUGUAUAUGUUACAUUACCAGAUUUACAAACAAGAAUUAUGCUUCUUAAGCGUCUAUUAGCUAAACAUAAUGAUCCAUUAACUACAGAAGAAUUAAAUGAAAUGGCGCUCUUAACUGAAGGCUAUUCCGGAAGUGAUUUAACGGGUUUAGCUAAAGAUGCUGCACUUGGUCCUAUCAGAGAGCUUAAUCCAGAUCAAGUAAAGGAGUUGGAUCUUAACUCCGUGCGCAACAUUACGAUACAAGAUUUUCGUGAUUCACUUAAAAGAAUUCGUAGAUCCGUAUCACCUGCAAGUUUGGCUGCUUACGAAAAAUGGAGCUUUGAGUAUGGUGACGUAAGUCUAUGAUUUUUAAGAAUUAGUUAAAAGGCAACUGUUUACAAAUAAGUUACAUUCAAAGUAUCAAUCGUUUCAAUAAGAAACAAAGAACUGUAACAACAGAAAAAUAUUUCAAAAGUGACUUUCUGCGAUAUUAAUUAUUACAAAGUGUAAAUACAGCAGCUUUUACAUUUUCUAAACUAAUUUAUAAAUAAUAAUGUCUAUAUACAAAAAGGAAAUGUUAUAAUAUGUGAAAAGCACUCUUGCCAAGUAAUGUUUUUUAAAUCAUGUUACAAACGUAACAAUGUAAUAUGAAUAGCUUUAUACUGCAUAAUACAUUCCAUACUCCAUCCACAAAUCAGGUAUCGUAGAUUUAAGUUUCACCGAAAUGGUGUUAAUAGUAGAAUUCCAAAGUUCGUAGUCUUACGAUUUGCGAAAAUUUUGAUAGUUUCUUUAAUUUAUGCUUUUCGAAAAUGACAAUUUUUUUAUUUGUUUAAUUAAAAUUUACUCGACUGCUUCCUACGCACGUAGAUAAUCUCCUAAUGUAAAUUAUUGUAACAACAUGCACCUUAUGACGAACGAAGAAAAUAAUGUAAAUAUCAAGUGUUGAUCAAGCGUAAUUGAGUUUAACAGUAUUGAGUAGAAAGACUGCAUUUGCACAUGAAACAGCACACGUCCAAUCAGAUAAUAAAACAAUUGAUAUAAUUGGAUAUAAAUGGAUAUCUAACUACUGCUGUAGUUAAGUUAUCGGAUAAGCAUAGAAAUUUGUAGGUGUCUUGUAUAAGCAAAUGCUGAAAGUGAAAUACACAAAUUGCUUUAGGUAUGUAAGUUUUGUAAAAAUAAAUUGCACACUAUAAUAACGUACCGAAGAGAAAUAUUGAAAAUAUUACUCUUGUUAUGUUUGAUAGAAAUUCAAAUGUUUGGUUGAUAAAUGUUGAAAUGGAAUAAUACCAUUGUGAUGUAUCAAUGAGGGUAUCGCAUUGGUCAGCUUGUAAAUUAACUCUUGAUUUGAUGAAAUUUCUAUCGAGACAACGAACUGGAACUAUAUUUGAAAUGAGUGGAAUUCGAAAUACUUAUAAUUUAUAAUCAAAUAUUAUCAAUGAAACAAUAAUGUUAUGAUACACAUAUUCUAUAACGAGAAAUCCUAUAUAUAUUAUAUAUAUACAUAUAAAAGUUUUUGAUAUUUAUCUAUUGCUUAAAGUGCUCAAACAAAAAGUGAUUGUGCUUGUACGACAUAAUCAUACAAUUGAAAACGUGUUUAUUGCAAAAUGAUAUUAAUAAGCAUGUUAAUACAAUAUUAUUUUCGCCCUGAAGUUAGUUAUAUUAAUCUUUUUGACUUCACGUAAUUUACAAUUUUUGUUUAUAAGAGAAGCACAUAAUAGUUGUUCCAAAAAAUUAUACCUCAUUAUAACUUAUUUUUAAUAACAUACAUGCAACGAGUUUAAAGCUUCUCUGGUGUGAUCAGUAGUUAAUAUUAAUCAAUAAUAAUGAUAGAUGUGUACAUGAGUAAUAUAUACGUGGCACGUGUUAAUUUUUGUUCUGCCACGUAGAUCAAUGAAAAGUAAAUUUCUCCCUGUACUUGUUAGAAUUUCCAUGUGAACUAUAAGUGAUAUAAAAUAUUAAAAUAAUGUAGGAAUCACCACAUACAUAGUACUUACAGUUGUGCAAAGUACACGCACUAUUCUUUAUAGAAAAAUGCAAAUGAAGUUGACGAUGCAAAUAAUGCCAAAUGAGUUUACUUUCAAAGGUAUAUUAGUGUAUAAGCUGUUGAGUUUAAUAUGUGUUGUCACAUAAUAAUGAGUAAUUAAUUUAAUUAAAAGCAUCACAAACGUAAUACGUAUUACACUAAAAUGUUAAGGCUUUUUAUUCUAAAGAUUUAGUGCCAACACAGUUUGUAUUGUACUGAUUAUAGUUAAGUUUCACUUACUUUAGAAUAAUUUUCUCUUCGAUUCUGCGCCGAACUUUCUCGUAUGUGAAGUUUUGUUUGCUAUUGUAUGUAUAAUUACAGUAACGUUAAUUGAAUCUUUUUUCGAUGAUCUUGCACAACAGACUGUUUAUCAAUAUGGGUAUAUGUAUCUACAACCCUGGCCUUCCAAGUUAAAAACACGCUCAGCCUCGAUUAAGUUAUUUUGCUACUUUUAUAAAAACUUGUAAUAGAGAAUUUCUUAAGGAUAUAAAGAAAAUAAUGCUAAUAUUAAUUAAUGCUAUUUAAAUUAAUAAUAAUGAAAUGUGAGUUGAUCGUUGAGAAAUGUUUGCACGCGUUUAACUAGGAUUACUUUUUUCUUAUGUAUUCUAAGAUGCGACUCUUAUUCUUUAAAUAAUAAUUGUUUUGAUAUCAGUACUAAUCCGAUGCAACUUUUUGAGAGGAAAGAAAGAGAUUAUUACCGAAGCAAGUUUAUUUUAUAAAAUUUAACGUAAAACUUCCAAGAUUUCUGUUUUAUUUCUAUUGAAUCUCUAAUUAGAUAUACUUCGAUGAAAUGUGAAACUUAUAUUUCUUUAUCAGUAUUAUAGGUUGCUUAAAAAAUUAUAUUGAACAAGGUAGACAAUUCACGUUUGUAGACUGUAAAUUAAAUUCUUUCAUUGAGCAACUCGUUUUUAAUGUAUUGUGCCGUAGUUAUUCUACGCUUGAUAAAAAAAAUAAUUAACAAAUACAUUUAAUUAACGUUAAUAUACUCAGUGAUAUCAUGCAAUUAAAUAGUAAUUUUUAAAUAUAGCUGAAUAAUGUAGCGAUACCUAUUACUGUACAGAAACACAGAUAUCCUAUUUCAUAUUUUGCCGCUGUGUGAUCGAAAUCGAGGAACGCAUGUAUUGUGUGUAAAAAAGUGUACAGUACAAAUUAUUCUAACACAUUUCAUUAAGGGGAAAAAAAAAGGAAUGAUCAUAACUUCCAUUUGAAAGUUAAUUCACAAUUUUGUCGAACCAUUAAAUAUUUAAUUAAUGUAUUGUUAAAUUACUCCUAACUUGUAUUAUUUGUAUUCGCGAAAGAAAUAUAAUUUUGUUCAUGUAACAGCAGUGAUAUAAUCAGCAUAAUACUUUUGUACUGAAUUGAUGUAAUAACGCACUUUUUAAAUUGAUACAAAAAAUAUACUAAAUAAUUGUGUUUUCUUUGGGAUAUAUAUACAUAUAUAUCACAAA